GCCUUGGUCUGUGGGAUGUUUGGCAUUAUCGUUAUGGUGAUCGAGACUGAGCUGUCGAGGGGAUUUUACAGCAAGGAAUCCAUGUGUUCAUAUGUACUGAAAAGCCUGAUCAGCCUCUCCACGGCUAUUCUGCUUGGACUCAUUGUGAUGUACCAUGCAAGGGAAAUCCAGCUCUUCAUGGUGGACAACGGAGCAGACGAUUGGAGGAUAGCGAUGACCUUUGAGCGGAUUCUCUUUGUUACGUUCGAGCUCCUUAUCUGUGCCAUCCAUCCAAUCCCGGGCCAGUAUGUGUUCACCUGGACUGCUCGACUGGCCUUCAGCUACACAGCAUCAGUGGCGGACGCUGACAUCGACAUCAUCCUCUCUGUGCCGAUGUUCCUGCGCCUCUACCUCAUUGGCCGGGUCAUGCUGCUCCACAGCAAACUGUUCACAGACGCUUCCUCCCGCAGCAUCGGGGCGCUCAACAAGAUCAGCUUUGACACUCGUUUUGUCAUGAAGACGCUGAUGACCAUCUGCCCUGGCACAGUCCUGCUGGUCUUCAGUGUGUCCUGUUGGAUCAUCGCAGCAUGGACCGUGCGUGUAUGUGAGAGGUAUCACGAUGCACAGGAGGUGACCAGUACCUUCCUCGGAGCAAUGUGGCUAAUCUCCAUCACCUUCCUAUCCAUCGGCUACGGCGACAUGGUCCCUCACACCUACUGCGGGAAGGGGGUUUGCCUGCUGACAGGAAUCAUGGGAGCAGGCUGUACAGCAUUAGUGGUCGCCGUUGUUGCAAGGAAGUCAGAACUCACCAGAGCCGAAAAGCACGUCCAUAACUUCAUGAUGGACACUCAACUCUACAAAAAGGUAAAAAACACUGCAGCCAAUGUGUUAAGGGAGACGUGGCUCAUCUACAAAAACACCAAGCUGGUCAAGAACAUUGACCGUGCCAGAGUACGCCACCAUCAGCGGAAAUUUCUGCAAGCCAUCCACCAACUGCGAAGAGUCAAAAUGGAGCAAAGGAAACUAGCUGAUCAGGCCAAUACAGUUGCUGACCUUGCCAAGACUCAGAACAUGAUGUAUGAUCUGGUGUUGGAGCUUCAACAUCGAAGUGAGGAGCUGGACAGGAGGAUCGUAGCUCUGGAAGAGAAACUGGACUCCAUCCUUCUCAGCGUGCAGUCGCUGCCCGUUGUGCUUUCUCAAGCAAUAACAAAGCUACAGAAGGAUUUCCUGGACGACUUGGCCUGUCGUGUCCACUUCCUGUCAUCCUCCCUGAGCUCUGAGUGCUGUUCAGUCCCUGUCAGGCCGCUCUGUCAAGGACCCACCACACCAGAGACACCCUACAGCUCAUAGCCCUUACACAAUGGUUUUCUCUUUAGUCUGCAACUUUAUUUCAUGCUGAGAAGGAUUUUCUCAACAUGCACACUCUUUUUUUUUUUUUUUUAAAGUAGCACUCUGCUACACAUUCAUUCGGUUACACACAUUCACCCCUGGGAGUUACAGCUACCGUCUCAUACUGAGCAGCUCCAAUGAAAAGGGAAGUGCCUCAGUCAGGGGAUUCUAGAGGAAGGGAAGAGCAUUAUUCCUUUAUUUCCUCUAUUCAAAAUUUCACUGUUAGACUGGGUUCUCACCUACACAUGAGUCCAUAGAGCCCGCUUUUUUCUCACUUCAUUGGAUCCAUUGGAAGUUGAUUUGUAAGCUAUGGCUACAUGGAG